AUGUCAAAGGCUGGCCGCGGCUGCCUCCCGCAGUCGCGCGAGCCGGGGGGGAGCAGCAGCCAAGGCGGCGGCGGCGGCGGAGGCAGGAUGGCCACGGCCGCCUCCAACCCCUACGGCCUGCUGGUGCACGGCGGCGGCGGCGGGGAGGCGUCGGGGGGCGGCAUGCAGCAGGGGAGCCCCUUCCGCGCCGCGCCCAAACUUCUGCAAAGUGACUACUUGCCGGGCGUGGCCAGCAACGGGCAUCCGCUGGGCCACCACUGGGUGACCAGCCUGAGCGACGCGGGGCCCUGGGCCGCCUCGCUGGCCGGCGGCGGGGAGCAGCCCGACGUGAAGCCCGGGCGCGAGGACCUGCAGCUGGGCGCCCUGCUGCACCACCGCGCCCCCCACGGCGGGGGGCACCCCUCGCCCCACCAGCCCAACGCCUGGGGGGCCAGCCCGGCCCACGCCAACGGCCAGCCGGCCGCCCUCAACGUGUACGCGCAGGCCGGCUUCGGCGUCGGGGGCCUGCUGGAGCACGGCGGCCUGAGCCCCCCGCCGCCGCCCGCCGCCGCGCCCCCGCCGCCGGGGCUGCACCCGGGGCUGCGCGGCGAGCCGCCCCCCGAGCACGGCGGCGAGCUGGGCGGCCACCCCUGCCAGGACCACUCGGACGAGGAGACGCCCACGUCGGACGAGCUGGAGCAGUUCGCCAAGCAGUUCAAGCAGCGGCGCAUCAAGCUGGGCUUCACGCAGGCCGACGUGGGCCUGGCGCUGGGCACCCUGUACGGCAACGUCUUCUCGCAGACCACCAUCUGCCGCUUCGAGGCCCUGCAGCUGAGCUUCAAGAACAUGUGCAAGCUCAAGCCCCUGCUGAACAAGUGGCUCGAGGAGGCCGACUCCUCCACCGGCAGCCCCACCAGCAUCGACAAGAUCGCCGCGCAGGGCCGCAAGCGCAAGAAGCGCACCUCCAUCGAGGUGAGCGUCAAGGGCGUGCUGGAGACGCACUUUCUCAAAUGCCCCAAGCCCGCCGCCCAGGAGAUCUCCUCGCUGGCCGACAGCCUGCAGCUGGAGAAGGAGGUGGUGCGCGUCUGGUUCUGCAACCGGCGGCAGAAGGAGAAGCGCAUGACGCCCCCCGGCGAGCCCCCCCAGCCCCACGAGGGGUACGCGCACCCCGUCAAAACGGACGCCUCCUGCCACGACCUCUGACUAGGGGCCGCCC